GCCGAAGCGCGCGGGUCCAGGUGACAAGCGAAUGGCGCGCGGCGGUUACUCUGGUUACUGCAGAAGCGCUGGCGAGGGAUGCUGGUGAGGACGCCGUAGGGAGCCGCCGCCCUCGGAGAGGAGCUCUCUGGAGACUUCCGUUCACCUGCGGGGGAAGGAAGUCGCGGACUGGAAGGCUCGGAGGCAGGUGAAUCGCGAGCUGCUGCCGAGGAGAAAGUCUCGAGGUAGGGGGCUGCGUUUCCCGGUCUUGGAGCCGCAGCCUUGAAACCAGGUCCAUCUUUGGGGGAAGAAGGCAGCCCGGCAAUUCCCCCCUUGACCGUGGGCAGCGUGGCUGGCGAUCCCGCGGGUGGAGGACUCUGACUCCACGCCUACCCGGGCAUCGCUGUCGGAAGAGGCGAGGCCGCAUUUUUCUCAGCGCCAAGAUAUUUGAUUUUUUUUUUUUGGGUCCCCGUCCUCUUCGGAAAGGACACCUGCAGCUGGUGAGAGAGAACAAUUUUACCGUACGAUGAGCCAACAUCAGGACUAAAAACAUAACCCGCAACAAACCCCAGGAAAAACCUAUCUAAAAAAAAGAAAGAGAAAUAGAUUACCCGAAAGAGGAGAGUCUAAUCGGGAGCUGUUGAAGCGGGCCAUUUGUAAACCCUGCUUUCUAAGUCCUGUAGAACUUACCCCUUCAGACACUUGUAUACUACUAACUUUGUAUGCUUUUCUAAGUUGGUCUGAUUUGCAUUGUAAUUCUGUGACGGUGUUGACUGGAGUUGGGCCGGUUCCCCGUGCUCUUUUUAGGAACACGUUUUGGGGAGAACGUCUGAUCACCGCAACCCCACCAGGAAAAUAAAAGGAUCUCACCAUCGACCGGUGCCACCAAAGGAGCCUUUGAGUCAUGUGGACUUUCCUUGGCCUCGCCACUUUCACCUAUUUUUACAAGAAGUGUGGGGACUUCAUCACUUUAGCCAACAAGGAGCUCUUGUUGUGCGUGCUGGUGUUCCUGUCGCUGGGCCUGGUGCUCUCCUACCGCUGUCGCUUCCGAAGUGGGGCCCUCCUGGGGCGCCAGCCCCAGCUCAUGGUCUUCUCGGAUAUGCUGUCAGCCUUGCCUUUCAUUGGCUUCUUCUGGGCCAAACCCCCGCCUGGAACAGAAAANGGCAAAUACGAGCACUUAGGGCCUAAACAGUGCAGAAAUGGAACCAGUAUUUCAGAAACCGCCUUACUAGGAGGAGCUACCCCUACAUCGGUAUUUUCUCAAAAUGAUCCAGAAGUUAUCAUUGUGGGAUCUGGUGUUCUUGGCUCUGCUUUGGCAACAGUGCUCUCCAGAGAUGGAAGAAAGGUGACAGUAAUUGAGAGAGAUUUACAAGAGCCUGACAGGAUAGUUGGAGAAUUUCUGCAGCCAGGUGGUUGCCGCGUCCUUAAAGACCUCGGUCUUGAAGAUACAGUGGAAGGUAUUGAUGCCCAGGUUAUCCAUGGCUACGUAAUUCAUGAGCGGGAAUGCAAAUCAGAUGUUCACAUUCCUUACCCUGUGUUAAAAGACAAUCAAGUGCAGAGUGGAAGAGCUUUCCAUCAUGGAAGGUUGAUCAUGAGUCUCCGGAAUGCAGCUAUGGCAGAGCCCAACACACAGUUUAUUGAGGGCAUUGUCCUACAGUUAUUAGAAGAAGAUGAUGCUGUGGUUGGAGUUCAGUACAGGGAUAAAGAAACCGGAGACAUCAAGGAACUCCAUGCUCCAUUGACUGUUGUUGCAGAUGGACUUUUUUCCAAGUUCAGGAAAAACCUGAUCUCCAACAAAGUUUCUGUUUCAUCUCAUUUUGUUGGCUUUCUUAUGAAGAAUGCACCGCAGUUUAAAGCAAAUCAUGCUGAACUUGUUUUAGUGAAUCCAAGUCCAGUUCUCAUCUACCAGAUUUCAUCUAAUGAAACUCGAGUCCUUGUUGACGUUCGAGGAGAAUUGCCAAGGAAUUUAAGAGAAUACAUGGCUGAAAAAAUUUACCCACAAUUACCUGAUCACUUGAAAGAACCAUUCCUAGAAGCCGUUCAGAAUUCUCGUAUGCGGUCGAUGCCUUCAAGCUUCCUUCCUCCUUCACCAGUUAGCAAACAGGGUGUCCUUCUUUUGGGAGAUGCAUAUAAUAUGAGACAUCCUCUUACUGGAGCAGGAAUGACUGUUGUUCUUAAUGAUAUAAAACUAUGGAGAAAAUUGCUGAAAGGUAUCCCUGACCUUUAUGAUGAUGAAGCUGUGUCCCAGGCCAAACAGUCAUUCUAUUGGACAAGAAAAAGGUCUCAUUCCUUCGUUGUGAAUGUCCUUGCUCAGGCUCUUUAUGAAUUAUUUUCUGCAAGAGAUGAUACCCUACUUCAACUAAGAAAAGCCUGCUUUUUAUAUUUCAAACUGGGUGGAGAAUGUAUCACGGGUCCUGUCGGGCUGCUCUCUGUACUGUCUCCUAACCCACUGACUUUGAUAGGACACUUCUUUGCUGUUGCAGUCUAUGCCAUAUAUUUUUGCUUUAAAUCGGAACCUUGGAUUACGAAACCCCGAGCCAUUGUCAGUAGUGGUGCUGUAUUAUACAAAGCGUGUUCUGUGAUAUUUCCUCUCAUUUACUCAGAAAUGAAGUACUUGGUUCAUUAAGCUUAAAGGGGAACUAUUUGUGAAUGAGUAUUUGGAACUCACCAAGUCCUAAGAAACUUUCGGAAGAGGACUUAUGCAGCAUAGUACUUUUAAAGUGGAAACUCUUGGACCAAGAUUAGGAUUCAUUUGUUUUUGAAGUUAUUUGUAUAUAAACAUGUAAAUAUAUACUUUAAUUUGCAAUUUACAAUGAAAGGUCAAAUAAGAUAGAUAUUUGAAAGAAGUGAUUGUUACCAUAAAAUAGUGCUAAUCCUGAGAACAGUUUUUCUUUUGAAUUCGGUAUUCAGGAUGAGUUAUUGUGGGACAUACAAAUAAAAUGAAGAAUGAACCUUCA